AUGGAAAACAUGGUACCUGAAGAACUGACAGCAGGUCAAAAAUUGCUGGUGGAACUUCUACACGUCCAAGUUUGCAGAAGUAGCUGGAGUAAGGCAUUUGUUUGCCCUUUCGCCUUCUGUCCUGAAACAACAAAGCUAUAUAGGCAUGUUGCUAAUUGUUGGAAAGAUUUAGAGUGCACAGAGAACUUCUGUAUGACAUCGAGGGAUCUUCUAAAGCACUAUCGAGACUGCAAGGAGGAUGGGUGCAAUUUUUGCGGACCUGUAAGAGUCCAACAUAAGCGAAACCUCCCUUCAAUUGAAGAUUUCUCCGAAUUUCUCUCAUAUUUACAAUUUUCAAUUGAUCCGAAUCCGAUUCAAUGGCAGUGGCCUCCACGUGGAUUCAGUUUGUUGACUUCGACUUCACCGAAUAAAGAGUCCCAACAACUGCAAAAGGUGUGCGACCUAUCAGUUGCCCCAAUUGUUUGCAAAGGCACCAAAUCAUUAGACAUUUCCACUCAAUCCCGUGCUCAAAUGAUAUAUAGCAUAAUAGAUUUUACGCUAUCGAACUCGAAUCCUGAGGUAUAUAACGAUCCAAUGAUGUCAGACGUGAUUGAUUAUGCUUCAAGACUUGAAUAUGCGGCUUUUAUGGAGGCAAAAAGUAUAGAUGCCUAUAAUGCGAUAGCUCUUGAUUUGGCUGAUACUGCCAAGUCAGAAUUGGAACAAGAAAAUUGGAUUAAAAGGUAUGAAAAGGCAAGUGAGAAAUUAUUUCCUGCCAGUGAAAAGAACUCAAUCGAUAAGACAAAGUGGAAGCGAUGGGGCGCCUUUGAGAUAUAUGAUGUAUUUGCCCCACUUGUUAGGAAUCUCAUAGUUAGCAGUGAAGGUUGCUGUUUCCGAGAUCUCAAACACCUUAGGCCAACUAGAAGAUACAAUUCUCAAAGAGUUCCACUGCCAGAGGUGGAUUUAAAUACAAUACUGAAUGGAUUGGAAGCUGGUUCGUAUUCAGAUCCAUGGGACGUUGUGAAGGAUUUCCACCAAAUAUACAAAUACGUAUCACAAAAUUUUGAGGAAUGUGAACCGAUCCACAAAGCUGCUAACGAGUUUCUUAGGGUUUUUUGCAGCUCUGCUGAUCCUAUCAUGCAAAAAUUGGGUUAUUGUUGCGGAACCUAUUACUAUAAAGCCAUCACAUUCACAUGUGACACCGGCAAUAAAUGUCCAAUUCGAACAGGUCAUGAGUACCUCGAAUAUGUGAAUAAUGAUAAGCGACUUCUUUCAAGAAGUCUGUACAGGAUUUGCUAUCCAUGCUUUGAAAAAUUGGAGUACAAGGGUAUAUUCACAGAUGACCUUAAUAAAUCUGCUGUGCUUAUUCAAAGGAACCAAUUGAGCGAUAUUCUUGUGAAUAAGGCGCAGGCAGAUGAGUAUUUGAUCUGGUGUCGAGAAUGUGGACGUCGAUUUCAUGCACUAUGCGUUCUCUACAAGGAACAUAUUUGGCCGAAUGGUUAUAUUUGCGCAAGUUGUGUGCAAAGUUUGAAUAGACCGCCAACUCGAAAUCUUCUAAAUGCUGAGAACCUACCCAGAAAUAGACUGAGUGAUUUUAUAGAGGAAAGAGUGAAUCGUUUCCUUAAGAAUAAGAAAAACAUUAUUACCGGUGAAGUGAGAAUUCGUGUCCUAUCUAGUGUCGAUAAGUUUAUGCAAGUGAAACCACAAAUGCGAACGUACUUACAUGCGAAACGAAUGUCCACUGAGCCUUUCUCUUAUCGGCAGAAGGUGGUUUUCGCUUUUCAGGAGGUUGAUGGAAAAGAAGUGUGCAUUUUCGGUUUCUAUUCUCACGAGCAUGGGACGAAUUCAUUGCCCCAAAAUAGGGGACGCGUGUUUAUAGAAUGCGUUGACUGCCUUCGAUACCUUCAGCCGGAAAGUGAAUGCUCUGUGCUCUAUCAGAUCAUUUUGGCUGCCUACUUGGAGUAUGCUCGAAACCUCGGAUUCUGGUGUGCUCAUUUGUACUCUGGUUCGAAGGAGGACGGUGAAGUAGUCGCAAUAUUCUAUGGAAAUUCACAAAACGCGCUGAUGAGAAAUCGUGCAGCUCGACGCGUUCUGUACAAUGGAAUUUGUCAGAUACUAAUCAAUGAAUCUAUCGCAGAGAGCGUGGAAGACAUAU